AUGACAGAAAGAACCAGACUGACCUCAGCAAAAUCCAGAAGAAAUAAUUACAAAGAGCAAUUAUUGACAUAUGACCGAAGAGGAGAGCUGGAAUCUGUACAAAGUUCAAGAAAAAACCAAUAUGGAGACAAUGAGUACGGUCCCAAGGAAAAUGUCCGAAUCGAAGUCCUGGAGGAAAAGAUUAAAGUAGAUUCUAAAAACCAUGACAAAGAGAAGCCAAAAAUAAUGUCUGAAAAAGACCAGGAAAUCAGGUCACUGGAAGCAGAGAAUGAAUGUCUUAAGAUUGAGGUCGCCAACAAAACGGACAAAAUUCGACAAUUAAGCAAUGCCAAUAAUAAGAAAGAGUUUUUGCUUGAGAAAAGAGAACAUGAUAUUAAAGAAAUGCAGAAGGAACCCGAAAUUUUAAAAAAACGUGAAGAAAGUCUGAAUAUGGAAAUAAAACGUCUUGAGAAUGAGCAUACACAUAUCUCAGAGAUGUACAAAGAAACUUUCUCCAUUGUCAAAAAUCAGCAAGAUAAAAUGAAAUCAAUGGAAAAAGAAAUAAGUAGCUUAAAAGAGGAACUGGAAAAGAUCAAAGCAGAAAAAGCAGAAAAAGAAGAGCAGGAAAGGAAACUUCGCGCGCAAGUGACAUCAAUGGUGGAGGAAAUUAAGCAAUUAUUGACAAAUGACCGAAGAGGAGAGCUGGAAUCUGUACAAAGUUCAAGAAAAAACCAAAAUGGAGACAAUAAGUACGGUCCCAAGGAAAAUGUCCGAAUCGAAGUCCUGGAGGAAAAGAUUAAAGUAGAUUCUAAAAACCAUGACAAAGAAAAGCAAAAAAUUAUGUCUGAAAAAAACCAGGAAAUCAGAUCACUGGAAGCCGAGAAUGAAUGUCUUAAGAUUGAGGUCGCCCACAAAAAUGACAAAAUUAGGCAGUUAAGCAAUGCCAACAACAAGAAAGAGUUUUUGCUUGAGAAAAGAGACCAUGAUAUUAAAGAAAUGCAGAAGGAAAACGAAAUUUUGAAAAAACGUGAAGAAAAUCUGCAUAUGGAAAUAAAACGCCUUGAGAAUGAACACAAACAUAUGUCAGAGACAUACAAAGAAACUAUCUCUAUCGUGAAAAAUCAGCAAGACGAAAUCAAAUCCAUGGAAAUAAAAAUCAGUGCCUUAAAAGAGGAACUGGAAAAGCUCAAAGCAGAAAAGGAAGAGCAGGAAAAGAAACUAUACGCGCAAUUGACAUCAAUAGGGAAUAAAAUGGAGGCGAGCAACAAAGAAGCACAAAUACGUGAGCAGGAAAGAGAAAGAAAAAUGGAGGAAAGGGAAAGAAAGCGGGAAGAAGAAGCUAAAAGACGAGAGAGAUUGCGAGAAGAAGAAUGGGAACGGAGAGAGGCAAAGCGAGAUAGGGAGGCAAAGGAAAACAAUAAAAUAAUGAUGGAGGAGAUCAAGAAACUCUCUAGUGCACUGAGGAGUAGUACAACUCUAAUCCGAAAUGAUAUCAAAGAAAAUGCAACAGUAAAUCCAAACGAAAACUUAGUCAUCACUGAAGCCAAGAAUUUCAGUAUUCAGAAUGAUAGCCAUUACUAUCACGGCCCUCGUACAUUUUACCGACAACAGCAACCAGCCAUCAAUGCAAGAGGGAAAAUACACCCUCUGGUACAGUGUUCCUUCCCAAGCAGGAUCGGUAUCACUCAAAACAAAAGGGGAGGAAACCCAAAGAGUCCGUACUGA